GGGCGGGGAGACAGGCUCAUGGCGGAAGGCAGUUUGAGUCGAUACCUUGUUUGAUCCGUAUCUUCAUCCCGAUGACCGCUUUAAGGCACAUAGGAUGCCGACUUUCCUCCUUCUACUCCUCGGACUAACGGCAGGAUGCGUCAGGACCCAGGAUAGUAGUGAGGGGGUCCCCGCAGUGGUCGCCGCUCCCUUGAAAGGCACUGGCGGGUACGGCGACCCCUGCGUGGAUAGCUGCAACCCGGACACUCACACCAUCUGUGACAACAAGACAAAGACGUGCAAGUGUGAUCGCCACCACCCAGUCCCCAUCAACGGCGAAUACUGCGUCAAGCCUGCAUUACUCGGGAAGCCAUGUAUUCACGAAGACCAGUGCCAAUACCACGAUGUUCACACCAUAUGUAUCGAGUACGACUUAAAUUAUACCGAAUGCAAGUGUCGCGAUAAAUACGAGGUCAAGGUCAUCGAAGGUCUGCCCAUUUCAGAUCUAUGCUUCCCAAGCUUAGAAGCCCUGAAGGCAGACGUCCCCACACUACUGGGUCUGGGUCUAGGCAUGUCCGUGUUGUCUGCCCUCAUCUGUCUUGUGCUCAAGAUCUUCGCCCGUGCCCGCUUUGUUCGCCCUCGUCGUUAUGCAGACGCCCGUAUUAACCCACCCCUCACGGUCUCUGAAACAUACGCAGCCUUUGCCCUGGCCGCCAAUGCCUCCACCAGCAGUAGCCCGGCCAGGGAUAGACACCAUUCCCUGCGCUCUACCAAAUCCGCAUCCUCAUCCCGAAGACCUUCCUACAGCUCCCUCCAUCCCCAUCGUCCAGGCACCAGGAGGUCUUCACAAGCAUCGCUCCGUCUGGUCGCAGGGGAGGGCCGUGGAGAACCGAUUGGAUACUACGUGUGCAUUAGGGAUCCUGCCUCCGUACAUUCUAGAGGAGGCUCCAGGCGCCCAUCUCAGGCUUCUACAGCAUCAAGUUCUGGGGACCUUCGUGAGGGCCGUGUCCAUCAUUAUCUUUAUAUGAGACCCAAUUAUUCCCUAACCUCAGAGGCCACUACCACCACGGGCACUUCAGACUCAUCUCCACGAACUCCCAAAAGUACAGAACAACUGCUGGCUGUGUACCACUCUGUGCCAGAGACUCUUCCUGUUGAACUGAAAACUAAUCAUCUACAACUGGACAAGAAUCUCUCGGAGAAAAAGGUUGUUCACUUCAGGAAAAGUCGCUCACUGCAUUCAGUCCUGGAGAUGGGAGGAGUAGGGACUUCCCACACCACAUCCACCCUCGGUACAUCCAGCGAUGACGUGUUCCAGGAAGAAGAUGAGGAGGAGGAGGAAGAGGAAGAGCAGCAGCAGAAAGCAGAAGAGGAAGGAAAAGCCAGAUUAAUUGUGUAAGAAAGAGGAAGAGUUUAAAUAAGAAGAUAUUGAGGGGUGAGAAUCCAAAGUACAUGACAGGGAAAAGGCUAAGAGUGAGUGUGAAAAACGUUACUGGAGAUUCUUUAUAACCAUCACCAAUGAUAUUAUUAUUGUUAUUAUUAUUAUUAUUAUUAUUACUAUUAUUAAUAUAUGCGGUUAUAUUGUUGUUAUUAUUAUUUUUUUUAUUACUGUUACUGUUAUUGAUAUCAUUAUUAAUUUUCUGUAAGUCAUGAUGGUAAAAGAAAGAAAAUAGUUAAUAUAUGUGCGAAGGUGACUGACAAUACCAUUUUCAAAUAAGUACAACUGCAUAUAAACUACAAAGAAAAAGCUGUAUGAUUAUCAGAUAUUUUUACACUAUUAAAACCAAGAUGCUUAUACUGUAAUAUUGGGUUAAUUUACUUAUGGUGUGAUGUUUAUGAAAAAUAGACAGCAUAAUUUUGGGAACCUUACAUUGCAUAUAUAUUAAAAGGCUAAUAUUACAAAUGGAGAAACAAUUAUUAUAGACUUUAUAUUUCUCAUCUACUACCAGUGAUCCAAAGAUUAAAUGUUAAUUUUGUAACUUGUUGAAUGUUUUGAAUAUUUAUGAGAAUUCUGAUUUUUUACUCUCUUUUGUUAUUAAUUGGAGAGAUAUAUGAAAUAUUGUGGAUUACCUCACCUAAUGUUCAAUAAUGAUUUGUAAUAUCCUUUGUGAACAAUAUACAGAAAAGUGGAAGUGACAAGUAUAAUUAUUAUUGGAACUAUCUGUAUUUAUUGCAAGUGAAACAGUGGUUAUUUUUAUUAUAUUUAUCUCUGUGGAAGUAGUUGGACAUCUUACCACAGGUUGCUACAGGGUGUUGACAAUAACAUACCAUCAAAAGAAUAGAUGACUUAAAACAUCAUCUCUUAUAAUGGAUGAUUACUGAUGCUGUAGACACUAGGUAGCAUGAAGAUAGAUGUGCCAAAUUUUCCUGAAUGUAGAUCUUCCCAGAGUCAUCCAGAUGUGUGAGGCAACUUAAUUAUCUUCCAUUUCCAAAUUCAUAUGGUUGAGGAAAUCUUUAGAAGGCAGAAUAGAUAUGCAGGUUUUUAGAAUUCAUUAAGAAAAAAUUGUUUUAUAGAUUCAGCAUUAUUAAAGUAGACCUAUAAAAAUGCUUAGUGCAGAUAGUCAGAUAAUGAAAUUUCAUGAUGGCUUCAAUUUUCUUAAUUUUUGCUACAUAGGAUUCAAGAUUUUGCACAAAGGUCAAGGGAGAUAAAAAAAAAAAAAAAAUAAACAAAACAGGGAGAUAAAAGACAACCACAAAUAUCAAGCAACUUAACCAACAAUGCAACGAUUUGGGGACGAACUGUGCGUAUCACUGAAUAGUUGCAAGAGUGAACGGCAAGGUAGCUCAUGUAUCCAUUGUCUCCGAAAGGCAUGUUUUCCUCUUUCUCAUGUAUAUAACAUGCCUGAUCAAAUUUAGAUGGGAAUUACCUUGCUGAAACUCUUUGCCAGACUUAAAUCAUCAAAUGAUAGUUUUGUUAUAGGUUUUCAGUAAAAACUUAAUGUCAUCUUGCAUUAGUUUUUACAAGUAUUAAAAGUGAAGUUUGUGGAGGUACGAAUGGUCAGUAUGUUUUGAGGGAUACAAGUUACUUUCUCAGUAUUUUCAAUAACAGCAAUAUAACUUUACAUUUUUGUGCUCUUGAGAUGCACACUGACUAUCAGGUAAAUAUCUAUCUACAUAUGAUUAUCAGGAUGAUGAUAGGAGUUUAUUCCUACCAAAUUUUAUUCCAGUGAGCUUCUUCAGACACUGACCAAAUACAUUUUUCUAACUCAUAUUGGAUGAUAAAUGUUACAACAUUUAAAAGCUCACAUAACUUAGAUUUCACCAAGUUAGGUGGCAUCUAAAGGAGAUUGGGGCAUAAGAGUGUUUAAGUGUCAGAUUUUCACAUGGUAAAGAAUGUAAGGGUUAGUAAAUACUUCUUUUGCAAACCCAAAACAAUGCCGUAAAAAAGUCUGAUAUCCCCAAUCCUUUAUCUGAUAUUUCUAACUACAAUCGCGGGUGACCAACUAGAUGUUAUCUACAGCUGACAUCAGUACCAAAGUGUGGGUCCAAAAGCUUUUCUUAUAGAAUAAGGAAGAUUGUUCUUUGUGUUCUGAAGUAGAACUCGGGUUUUCUUGAUAGAAAAAACACUACUUGGUGACCCUUACUGCUAAUCAAAUGGCUAUUAAAUUCUAGUUGUUCCUGACUUUUCAACUUGCCCUAUAGCCACCAACCAUAGUACCUGUAGAUGUUGUAGCAAUCAUAUUACAUAAAUAGACUGCUUCAAAUACAUAA